GAAAAGAAAAGGAAGUCGUCUACAUCAACGGUCCUGAUUUCCCGAAGCAAAAAUAUGAGGUGCGUCAUCCGACCGUUAGUUUCCCACUUCACCAAAAAAAAGGCGGGAAAUAUCUUCAACAAAUAAAAAAUUGAAGAAAUUCUUAAAAAAAAAAAAGAAGAGGAAAAUUAAAAAAAAAAGGUAAUAUAAAAGGAAUCUAAAAUACAAGCUUCUGUUCAAGUUAUAUUUAGGUCGGUUUGUGAAAAAAGAAAAAAGAACCUCGGAUGGAACCAGACGAUCCUUUUGGUUGGAUAACGGAGCUCUGCCAGGUGUCAUCCUCUGAGGAGUCCCGCUUACGACGCUGUUCUUAUUUUGGACAGUCGGAUUCUGAUGAUUCCGACUCGAAGCAGCAAAAUCCGCUCGACAUCCUGGUCGCUGCCGUCGGCAUCACAAUAGUGACUCCUCCGGAAUCACAGCAAGACGAACCGGAAAAUGACACAAAUACCCUUCCCGAAGACCAGGAAAUCUUCCACACGCCUCCCGAGUCCAGGGCCACCUCCAUCUCCACCUCUGUCGGUAACUGCAACGAUGUUCGAAUGAUCGGCGAUGAUCUUGAUCACGACGGAGAAACCGUGGUCGUUGAUGCUGAUAGUGCGGCCAGCAGGAGGGCCGUUGAUUUGGGGAGUGAUACGGAUCUAGGGUUUUCGGAAGUGGAAGUGGAUUCGACGCAGCGAAUUGAAGCUAAUUCGAAACCAGACGGCGCGUUUGGAAGGAAAUCGGAAGAAAUUAGGGUUUCAAGAAGAGGAUUUUCCCCAAACGGGCAAUUAUCAACUGAAUCUCCAUCGAAAAAGUUGAAAAGUUUGGAUUUUGAAUCGCCAAGUGUACGUUUGGGGACUUCAAAAGGGGGAAACACAGACGAAAUUUUGAAAUCGUUGGAGAAAUGGAACUUCAAGACAGUUAGUCUGUCUCCAAGAGCUAGUUCAGAAUUAGAGCGUGAAAAUCAGCAAAAUUAUGAAGCUAAUGAAGUUGGUGAAGGAAGUGUUAGGGAAAGAAGGCUUGAUAUGCCGACUGAUGUUACUGAGAGUGAAGAAAGAAUUAUGGAUAGUAAAAAAAACGAUAGUGAAGGAAACGAUGGGGAGACAAGGCUUGACUUUUCGACUGAGGAUAUCGACUUUCAUCCUGAAAAAGGAAAUGCGGAGAGCGAAAAUGAGAAUGGUGAAGGAAAUUCGGGGAGAAAUAAUAAGAGUGUGGAGGAUAUCGAUCAGUUUAGAUUCACUGGUGGGAAUGGUUCGAAUUCGCGUGAAAUGAAGGGGAAAACUGAUAAAAAAAGGGCAUUGCCCUCAUGGGCUAAUGGGAGAAUGGGGGCUGAUGAGAGAGUCGAAGAUAAUGAAAGGGAGCCGGUCCAGGCUGAUACGGAUUCGGAGACACUGAGUGAGGAUGUUGAGGAUUCAGAGAGUUUGAGUGAGGAUUUUGAGGAAAUGACGCUUUUGAAUGUUUUGAUGGAACUGGCAAAGGCUUGUGAGGAGGAUAGGAGUCUCGAAUGUCUUAGUCUUUUGGAGGUUGCAGAGAGAAAAGGGAUAUAGUUUUUUGACCAAGUGGUAGGCCGCAGGAGAGGAGAUCUAAAGGGAAGAGAUAGCUGAAACUGAAAGAGUAUCGGGUCUUCUUUUGGGCGCGUUUUGGCCUUUGGGUAUGGAUGGACGGAAAAGGUCCAUAAGGAGAUUGUAUGAAGCUGUUUUUCUGCUACAAACGCAGCUCGUGUGUGCGCAUGUGUGCAUCCCCUGUCUCUCUGUGGGUGAGCUUCUCCACACCUGUUGAUGCCUUAAUUGGUUGGUCUAUGGAAAUGGACCAUUAACGCAAUAUCUAGAAAUUAUUUGUUGUUUAAAGUCAAGCCUUGUGGAUCAAAAUUCAGUACCCGGGAUGAAAAGUGAUUUGCGCUAAAAUUUGUCAAAUAAGGAAACAGGUGAAAGGGAUUUUUCCCCAACCUAAAGAAGCAUGAGUUAACUUCAAGAAAGGAUGACCCGGGUUGUCAACUUCAAGCACACUCGUUGGGGCAGUUCAAACAACCGUUAGUGUGGCUUUCUAUCGAUUUCCUUGAACGACCAGUCAUGCACACUACUCAUCAAAUGGAAUAGUCUUAACGCAAAACUAAUCGGAGGUU